CUGCCCCUCUCGAGCGAAUCAAAUCGACCUCUUGACGCCGGUCACCUCGACAAGUCAUUCCUACCAUGCACUGCGGGCAGUUACAUCCACAUAAAACUCACAUAUCUCGAUAUGUUUGCUUUUUCAUGCUGCUGCGCGACCUCCUUGGUUAUCCCUCGAGUGCCGUAAUCAGACACCAGCAUGCGGCAGUCCGAUGCCACGCUCCAGGUCAGUACUAUCACAUAAGAUUCGGACGAAAUGAAGAUCCAUUGAUGAAUUUUUUUUGUUUUUCCUUCCCCCUUUUUUUACUAUUUAUGUUUGAAUCAGAUAUCUGGACGGGAAAUAAAAUGUCUAGCGUGUAAGCAAGCUUUCAUAGCACGUACAUGUACUGUACCCGACCCACAAACCACG